CUCGCCACCCAAAUUCAUCAAGCUCAACACGAUCUCGAUUCGAUUCCAGUUCAUCCAUCCAACGCCUCCCGCCUGUACGUAUAGAAGAAAGAAGGAAGAACCGUCACCGUACGUCCUCGCCAGUACAAAUAAUGGCCCUGCUCAAAGCCGCGCGCGUCGCCGAUGUGCCCACCCUGGACGUGGUGGUGGCCCCCGGCCUGGUGGCGGUUGCCAAGGCGAGGAGCGCCGCGGCGGUGGGCGGCCGGUUCUCGGUGAUCGGGCACCGCGGCAAGGGGAUGAACGCGCUGGCGUCGGAGGACCCGCGUCUGCGGGAGGUCCGCGAGAACACGGUCCGCUCCUUCAACGACGCCGGACGAUUCCCCGUCGACUACGUCGAGUUCGACGUCCAGGUCACCAAGGACGGGUGCCCAAUCAUCUUCCAUGACAACUUCAUCUUCACACAAGACGAUGGUAAGAUUUCACAAAAGCGUGUGGCCGAUAUUCAGCUGGAAGACUUCCUGCAGUAUGGGCUCCAGAAUGAGCAGGGGAAGGUUGGCAAGCCCCUGCUUCGCAGAUUGAAGGAUGGCAGGAUGGUGAACUGGAACGUGCAAUCAGAGGACGCUCUUUGCACACUCGAAGAAGCGUUCGAGAAGGUCAAUCCAAGGUUGGGCUUCAACGUCGAGCUGAAAUUUGACGACAGUCUUGAAUACACCGAGGAAGAGCUCACUCGCAUCCUCCAGGCCAUCCUGAAGGUGGUUUUCGAGUACGCCAAGGACAGGCCUAUACUUUUCUCCAGUUUUCAGCCCGACGCUGCGCAGCUCAUGCGCAAAUUGCAAGGCACAUACCCUGUCUACUUCUUGACGAACGGAGGGACGGAGCUAUACGCCGACGUGAGGAGGAACUCGCUGGAGGAGGCCGUCAAGCUGUGCCUUGCCGGUGGCCUGCAAGGAAUAGUUUCAGAAGCCCGCGGGAUCUUCAGGCACCCUGCCGCCGUGCCAAAGAUCAAGGAGGCUAACCUCUCCCUGCUAACCUAUGGAACAUUGAACAACGUGCCGGAGGCGGUGUACAUGCAGCACCUCAUGGGAGUGAACGGGGUCAUCGUCGACCUGGUGCCGGAGAUCACCGAGGCAGUCUCUGAGCUCAUCGCCCUGCCCGAGCCCGACCUCGACCUGGAAGUGGGCAGCUUGAGCAACCAGGCGGCAGCUAGAGGAGCCACAACACCGAAUUUCUCGCAGCGCGAGAUCUCGUUCCUGCUGAGGCUUAUUCCUGAGCUUGUCCAAUAAUGCCUAGACUUCCUGGUGUCUGUCUGUCUGUCUAUCAUGGAUGAAUUGACUAAUGUGUUACUGAUGUACUGAUCCGCAUACAAGAAAAGAAGCCCUUGUGCAGGGUAUUAUUUGUUGUCGUG